AUGAUCAGGUCGUGUGCUACUAAAUGUUUUGCUAGAGGGAAGUGCUUUCCAGGGUCUGCUACUGCUUCGAUAUACCAGACGUUAAGAUUGGUGUCCACUAAUUCAAAUAAAGCUCCUGAGGCGCCAAUUUUUCCAAGAUUGGAAGACGUGAAAAUGGAUGAACUCAUAGGAAACAACAAUUUCGGUAAAAAGACCUAUUACGUGGAAAGAAGCAGGACCGGAAAUCUACCGGUGUAUUCCGCUUAUAAAAAUGGUGGUAACAAGAUUAUUACGGAGAUCAGAAAAAUUGAAGGAGAUAUAAUUCAAUUAAGAAAUGACUUGCAGGACCAACUGCCUUUCAUACCCAAGGAAUCAUGGUCGGUGGUGAUGCAAUCGAAAAAAAUCAUUAUUAAAGGUAAUGCUGUAGAAGCAGUCAAAAGGGUAUUAACCAAGAAAUUUUAG